AUGCGGCAGCUGAUGGUGGGCUUGGGGAACCCUUGGCCGUCCCCAAAGAUGGCAAGGCACAACCUGGGCACCAUGGUGUUGGAAGCCUUGGCGAAGCAGUUAGAUUUGGAGUGGUCCUGGUGGUGGAGCUGUUGGGGAUGGAUCGCUGAAGAGGAGGAGCUAGGCUUCGGCUUCUUUCUGCCCCGGAGCUUUUACAACACCUCUGGCUGGGCGGUGCAGCGUGUCAUGGAGCUCCAUGGCUUGGAAGCUCAUCAGGUGCUCCUGUUGCAUGAUGAUCUUGACCUGCCGCCCUUGUGCUGGUCCGUCCUCGGUGGCAACCACAGCGACGCCGGCAACCGCGGCGUGCGCGGCGUGCGCCGCGCGGCCGGAAACGUGCGCCGGCUGCGGCUGGGUAUCGGGCGGCCGGAUGGCGGUGAUGUGGGGAGCUAUGUGCUGGGGAAAGUGGAAGAUGAGCUGCUGGAACGGUGGCAGGUGGCAGCCCAGUCCGGAGAGCUGCUGAAGAUAUUCGGCACCGAGGGCUACACACGCGGGCGUUUGGAGGCUGCAAGCUGA